GUGCCAGGGCAAGUGAGAGCUGGACGGGCACUGGGCGACUCUGUGCCUCGCUGAGGAAAAAUAACUAAACAUGGGCAAAGGAGAUCCUAAGAAGCCGAGAGGCAAAAUGUCAUCAUACACAUUCUUUGUGCAAACUUGCCCGGAGAAGCAUAAGAAGAGGCACCCAGAUGCUUCUGUCAACUUCUCAGAGUUUUCUAAGAAGUGCUCAGAGAGGUGGAAGACCAUGUCUGCUAAAAAGAAGGGAAAAUUUGAAGACAUGGCAAAGGCAGACAAGGCUCGUUAUGAAAGAGAAAUGAAAAUCUAUAUCCCUCCUAAAGGGGAGACAAAAAAGAAGUUCAAGGAUCCCAAUGCGCCCAAGAGGCCUCCUUCGGCCUUUUUCUUGUUCUGUUCUGAGUAUUGCCCCAAAAUCAAAGGAGAGCAUCCUGGCCUGUCCAUUGGUGAUGUUGCAAAGAAACUGGGAGAGAUGUGGAAUAACACUGCUGCAGGUGACAAACAGCCCUGCGAGAGGAAGGCUGCCAAGUUGAAGGUAAAGUACGAGAAGGGUAUUGCUGCAUACCAAGCUAAAGGAAAACCUGAUGCAGCAAAAAAGGGAGUCGUCAAGGCUGAAAAGAGCAAGAAAAAGAAGCAAGAGGAGGAAGAUGAAGACGAAGAGGAUGAGGAGGAAGAGGAAGAAGAUGAAGAUGAUGAUGAUGAAUAAGUUGGUUCUAGCGCAGUUUUUUUUUCUUGUCUAUAAAGCAUUUAACCCCCCUGUACACAACCCACUCUGUUUAAAGAAAAAAAAUUGAAAUGUAAGGCUGUGUAAGAUUUGUUUUUAAACUGUACAAUGUAUUUUUUGUAUAGUUAACACACUACCGAAUAUGUCUUUAGAUAGCCCUAUCCUGGUGGUAUUUUCUUUUC